CAAGUUUUGGCUUUAAAUAUCGAUAUAACAGGUUGCUGCAUGUUUGCUCGCAGUAAGCCAACAUUCCGAAGUAAAAUCAUAAAGUUAAUGGAAACACGCAGCUGGCCAGGCAUCAUCCAUGGUGAGAAGACAGGGUUAAUGUUUUACGUCUUGUGACCUUCCGUCAUCAAUAUUCAGCGAUGGUUUGUUGAACCCACAAUCAGCCUUCAGUCCCUGCCACGUCGCACUUACGCCUGGAAGGUGCGCUAUCCUGCUGUACCACGUCCACUUGGCCUCAAGCCCUGGUUUAGGCAGAAUGAGACUCAGUAUAUAGCUGGUUUUUUUUUUGUUCCUUAUGAUCUCCUCUGACCAAGAGGAGACAUUCUUCGCCUGUACCUAGCACGAACACUAACAGCAAAACUCCGCCAUCUCCCGUCAGCGAAAGUAGGUGGAGCAACGGUCAUAAUACUGCUCGCGCCCCUCACACAGCGUCAUCGUGACGCCACGCACCCAACCCCGAAAUUAAAUUUUGAGAAGCUAUGGAUAAAAAUAAAAUUGAGGACAAAGUGCAUUUUCGAUGAGAUGGAAUUCAAGCUGACUGGUCCUGAACAGAUGCACUUUGUGUGGGGAAUAAUACGGAAUAAGAAGCACUUUCCAAUGCUGUCUUGAAAUGUAAUGGGAUGAGUGGAGAAAUAUGAUGGCAAAAAACAAAGAACUGCGUCCCCCAACGUACAGUAUUAGUGUGGUGGGACUAUCUGGAACAGAGAAGGAGAAAGGUACAAGUGGUGUUGGCAAGUCUUGUUUGUGUAAUCGAUAUGUGCACCCAAAAGCUGAUGAUUAUUACCCAGAGCAUACCUCAGUACUCAGCACGAUUGACUUUGGAGGCCGUGUUGUCAACAAUGACCAUUUUCUGUUCUGGGGUGAUGUAAAUCACACAAGUGAAGAAGGAACUGAAUAUAAAGUACAAGUAAUUGAACAGACUGAAUUUAUUGAUGACCAAACUUUUCUGCCUCAUCGAAGCACAAAUUUACAACUAUAUAUAAAACGGGCAGCUGCAUCAAAAUUGCAGUCAGCAGAGAAGUUGAUGUAUAUUUGUACUGAUCAGUUGGGUUUAGAGCAAGACUUUGAGCAAAAGCAGAUGCCAGAUGGAAAACUAACCAUUGACGGCUUCAUCCUGUGUAUUGACGUAAGUAAAGGGUGCAAUCGGAAAUUUGAUGAUCAGCUUAAGUUUGUAAAUAACCUUGUUGCUCAGUUGGCUAAAACAAAAAAACCUGUUGUUAUAGCAGCAACAAAAUGUGAUGAAUGUGUUGAUCACUACCUGCGGGAGGUACAGGCUUUUGCGACAAAUAAGAAAAAUAUGCCUGUGGUGGAAACUUCAGCACAUCUUCGGGUAAACGUCCUCCAGAGCGGACUAUGGAAUACCCAACAACGCGGAGUCACCAAGCAGAGGCUGAUAGCCGAGUUCGGUAUCCAUGAGGGCGACCUCAACCGAGAUAUCGGGUUCACGUCGCACUACAGGUGA